GUAUGAGUAUUAAAAAUGUGGACGAAAGUGAUGGGUUGACAGAACAAAAGAUGGAAAUAGGUGGAGACAUAAGUGUGAUGAUUAGUAAAAGUGUUAGUAAUGAUGAAAACAAAGCAUCCAACGAGGAUCCAAAACCCGCUGCACAAAAUUGUGAUAUAAGUUUAAUCGAAAUAUUUUGGGAAAAUAUCGGGAGUAGUGAUUCUAAUCAAGCUGAAUUAGAGAAGGAAAAUGCUGAAGAAAACGAUAUUGAAAGUAAUGAAGUGAUUGGUGAAGUAGAUGAUCGAGGGUUGGAUGACUUGGAAGCUGAAGUCGACUGGUUGUUGUCAGAUAUGAGGAACGGUGAUAGUGAAUCUGCAGAUGUCUGGUAUGGUAAUGGGAUAUAUGAUGUUGUCGAUAAAGAGAUUAGUUUGAUUGAUUUUGAUGAAUCUGAUCAGAUGGAUGAAAGGGAACCUGAAAGCAUGUUUGAUGUGUUUAUUAAAAACAAUUUAAUUGACUUUGGGUGUGUUGCAGAGAAGUCAGUGAUGAAUGAUAAUGUGGAGGAAAUGAUUGAUGAAAAUAGAGGAAUAAAUGUGGUGGUUAAUACAAAUAGUAGUAAAAUGUAUCAAACGAACAAUGAGAAAUUCGAAUCCCUACCUGAGCCAAGUAGUGAAGUGACCUUGUACGUUAAAUUCACUGAAGCAAAGUUUAAAACGGAUGUAGUUCUAGGAAGGGAGGAGAUAGUGGAAGAUCUGUUGAAAGUGUUGAGGGAUAAUGACUCCGAUGAAUUUGAUUGUGGUGAUCUUGAUAAUGGAAUUAUUGGAUGGUACCAGGAGCCCGCUACAAAUAGCGAUUCGAAUGUACAACUUGACAUUGGAAAUGAUGAUCGAAUAAUGGGAAGUGUAUUCGAUCGAGUAAAAAGAUCAUUGGUGAAAAGUAACUGUAAUAGUAGGUUUGGUGAUGUUGAUAAUGUCUUUGGGAAAA